GCGCGGCGCACGGCGCGGGCGCGGCGCUGGGCGCGGUGUCGGGGCUGGCGCUGGCGGCGCGGGUGUUGGCGCCGCCGCAGCGGGACCGUGCCAUCGGAGCGCUGCUAGGGGCCGUCGCACUGGGCGUGUUGGUGGGCUAUCCGUUCGGCGGGGCGACGUACGCGCUGUGGAGUCGCGGCGCGCCCUUCCUGCUGAUAGCGGCCGCGUUGCUGGCCGACCUCGCCCUGCAGUACAUGUUUUUGAAUAAGGAGGAGUACAAUCGCGUGAGUACUCCAGUUUUCCAACUGUCAAGCCUAAUUUAACCAACUUCAAACAAAAGCAGGUUCCUAUGUACCUACUUGUGUUUGUGAGCGAUUAUCUCGCUAUUCGCUAAACCGAUUUUGAUGCGUUUUUUACAAAAGUGUUUGUUGCACAUAGGAGAAGGUUAAGGUUUAGUAUUAAUUAAACGAAUUCUAAAAACCCUCGUUGGUAAAAGUCGGUUUUUAUUUAUUUAUAAUUCAUGGAGGACUUACAGCUUAUAAAAAUUGAUAAAAAUAACAAUAGGCGUAGGUAACAAUGAGCCAAUAACAAGUCCUCACGUUUAGCAUUUGGAAUAAAUUAAUUAAUAUGGUGUGAGUACUAUACAAUAUUUAAAAUACAUACAUUCUUCUUAAAUGAAAAGGUUAAAUAUUGAAACCGACCGUGCAGACAAUAUGAUUAUAAACAGAUCAAGAGAAACAAUAAAAAAAAACUACAUAUCUAUUGCUGCUUAAAAAAUUUGAGGCUUAAGCACCUCUUUGCCGAGUUCACACUAGUUGUAAACGGAUCGAAGUCAAUAUAUUCCUUACAAACAUUGUUAAAGUGUCUGCUUGCACGCACAAUGUAACUGUUCUGCCUGUAGUUAGAUGAGGAACGGGAUACGUGUAGAGGUGGAUUAAAUCUAAAUAUUUUAUUAGGUACAUUAAAUUUGAUUUUUGAUAAUAGUUCUGGACUAUCCACAUUGCCGUUAAGAACCUUAAACAAGAAUAGACAAUCUGCAAUGUUGCGUCUAUCUACCAAUGGUAAUAGAUGGAAUUUUCUACAGAGUUCAAGAUAACGGGCAGACUGGUAGGUAUGGUAUAUUUUGGUGAAAACAGAUAUAUUUUAUAAAACGUUUUUGAAUGUUUUCCACGCGGUCAAUAUAUUUCUGAUAUCUUGGAUUCCAUACCUGAGACGCAUACUCCAGCUGGCUCCUGACAUAAGUGCAAUAUAGUAUUUUAAAGGUCUUUGCAUCUGUGAAAUUUUUUGAAAGACGUAUUAUAAAUCCAAGCAGUUUAGAGGCUUUUUUGACGAUUGCAUCAAUAUGUGUAUCGAAAACCGAUUUGCUGUCCUGAUGGACGCCCAAUUCACGGAUAGUAGUGCACCUUGGUAAGGGCUGACCCGCUAAAGUAUAAUUAAUGACAUCGACAGUGCGCUUUCUAGUGUAAGUGACUACGGAACACUUAGAUGGGUUGAGAUCUAGUUUAUUUAUCGGACAAUACUCUUCAAGCCGAUGCAAAUCCGCCUGGAGUGCCAGACCAUCGUCAGGAGUUGAGAUAGUAGCUGACAGUUUCAUGUCAUAAGCAAAACAUAGAAGUUUGGUUGUAUGAAAGCACUUGUUGAUGUCGUUUACAUAGAUUACGAAUAAAAAAGGACCGAGCAACGAUCCCUGAGGCACUCCGCUGGGUACAUUUACCCAGCUAGAAAUGUAGUUAUUGAGUACUGCUGCUUGUGACCUAUUGUCGAUGUAUGAAGCGAACCACCUCAAGAGGUCGCCGCUGAUGCCUGUGUCAAUAAGCGUCUGUAACAGGAUAUCGUGGUCAAUCCGGUCAAACGCCUUGCUGUAAUCUGUGUAAACCACAUCAACCUGCUUACCUUUAUUCAUAGCAUCCGUGACAGAGUGAUUAAAAAGAAUUAGGUUGGAAAUAGUAGCCCUCCCUCUCAAAAAUCCGUGUUGAAAGGAGUUAAAUGAAUUGGCCAAGGCGGAGUAUAACUGUUUGUAGACAAUCUUCUCAAAUAUCUUAGCUAUAAUGCAUAAUUUGGAGAUAGGUCUGUAAUUAGUGAUCUCGGUUCUUGACCCAUUCUUAUAAACCGGCGUAAUAAAGGCGGCUUUCCAUAUUUUGGGGACUAAACCUUGAGUCAACGAUUUAGAAAACAGAAUGGAGAUAGGUAUGGCAAUGGAAGGUGCGCAUUUUAUAAGCAAUUUAGACGAUAUCUCAUCAGGGCCAGCACCCUUCGUUGGAUCCAGAUUACGUACUAAAGCGGCUACUUCGUCCGCCUCAAUCCUAAUGUGGUAAAUGUCAGAUAAAUUACCGAUAACAGUCGAGGUGGCGUCCGGGCAUUAAGUCCACCUAUUUGUACAUUUUGUGCAUGAAGCAUAUUAAAUAAAUAAAAUGUAUAAUAAGUAUUUUUUGUUUUAUGUAAAGGACGCGAGUAUAGUAUUCCCAGCAUUGCACUGUGACGAGUUGACGACAGUAUGGUGUUUCCAGCCGUGCGAUGAGGGCGCGGGCGGAGUGUCGUGGCGCGGCGUGUGGGCGCUGGCGGGGCGCGACGGGGCGGGCGCGUGCGCGGGCGCCGUGCUGCUGACGACGUGCGUCAUGGCGGCGCUGGAGCCGUGCCUGCCGCUGUGGCUGAUGCACAAGUUCCACCCGCAGCGCUGGCUGACGGGCGCAGUGUUCGUGCCGGACUCCGCCGCCUACCUGCUGGCCGCCAGCCUGCUGGGCGGCGCGGCGCGGCGGCUGGGCGCCGAGCGCGUGGCGCUGGCGGGGCAGCUCGCCGUGGCACUCGCCGCGCUCGCCGUGCCGCACGCGCGCUCCGUGUCGGGGCUGGCGGCGCCGCACGUGGCGCUGGGCGCAGGGCUGGGCGCAGCGGACGCGGCGCUGGUGCCAGCGCUGCUGGCUCGCCACCCACGGCGCGAGGCGCACGUGGCGGCGCUACUGCAGGCGGCCUCGAGCGCAGCGUACGCGCUGGGCCCGGUGCUGGGCGGCGCGGUAUCGUGGUGCGUGGGCUUCGAGACAGCGAUGCGUGCGCUGGGCGUGCUCAAUCUGCUGUACGUGGCCUACCUGUACCGCGCGCUGACGGCGCAUCCGCUAUCCCGCCAGUGGGGCGCCAGCUCGCCGGAGGAGGAGGGCGCCGAGUACGAGGUUGGCGCUGAGCGCCUGCCGCUGGCGCCCCGCCCCGGGCCGGGCGCCUACCAGCUGCCCACGACGGUCGGCUUCCCGCAGCACGACCCGUCGCGCUACCGCAACCCCAUGUACUCGUUCGGCACCAACGCCGGCUACCGCGUGCGCGGGCUGGGCCCGGGGCCCGCCUACCGCAUCGAGCGCGUGACGCGCGACGGCGUCAUGUCGGCGCCCGCCUGGUCGUUCGGGGCCCGCUUCCCCGCGCGCGCCACGCUGCGCACGCCGGGCCCGGGCGCACACGCACCCGAGCGCUGCCCGCCCAUGCGUGAACCGCGCGCGCCCGUCUACUCCAUGGGCGCGCGGCUCGGCUUCGGGCUCAAGCGACCGGGCCCCGCACCCAACGCCUACGCGCUGCGCAUGGGCCCCGGCACGCCCGCCUACACCAUGGGGGCGCGCGUUGGUUUCAUGACCAAGGCCAAGUCACCGGGGCCCGCGAUGUACUUCCAGCGCGACACCAACGUGUACAAGUGCAAGCAACCCGUGUACUCGCUGGGCGCUCGACUCGAAGGGGCCGGCAAGGCCACGAAGACGCCGGGGCCCGCCGCCUACCCGCCCAACCUCUACAACACUAAGAAGAACCCGUACUCGUACUCAUUCGGCACGAAGCACGGCGACUACGCGCCGCCGUUGAUCAUCAAGGAGGACACGAUGGACUGCCUGUAGUGGCUGCAGUGGCGAGGCUCGCUUGUGAUGUCCGUGUGCGCUUUCCAGUUAAUAACAAAAAAAUCGUUGAGUCGAGUAACGUCCCGUCCUAUCAGAACUGUAAUGUUGAGACAAAUCGGUCAUGUCGUCGUACUGUAUCUUUGGAUUUGACAUGUGUGAAUUGCAAAAAUUGUCUGUCGUACCUAAUGUCUAUGCCUAGCUGGUUUAUUAUUUAUUUUAUAAAAAAUAUUCGGUAGGUACUAAGUCGUAAAAUAUUUUGUAAAAAUGGUGUUUACUUUGAUUUUAAGGAACAAUGUUUACUUCUAUACAUGACGAAUUGACGAAUCAUAUUGACAUCACUAACACACACAAAACAUUUUGUGAAUUUCGAUUGAAAGUCUUUGUGAAUGAAAUAAAUGGUAUAUUUGUACAGGUCGGGUAUUAUUGGCUAACUAAUAUUUACAGUCACUAGUUCGCUACGGUGGUGGCACAGCCUAGAACUUCCUCAUGGAGCGCAGCUUGUUGUUGCGGCGCAUGGCGGCGGCGCGCACCCGCAGCCAGUACUGCUUGGAGUCGGGCGCCAGCUCGUGCAGCGCGGGCGCGCGCGUGCGCAGCGCCCACAGCCACGCGGGGUACGCGCCGUCCUCCUGCAACUACACGCGGCCACCUGUCAAUACCAAGGCCAACCCGUGCUUGGCAAUGUCAAUGGAUCCUAUGCCACUGAAAGGGUUUAAUUCAAGAAUUCCUUUAAAAUAUGAACCUUUCUUCUCAUUGCAUUUGUUCCGCUAAGUUAGAUUCAUUUUUAAAAAGACUACAUUUAUUAAUCUGUCAAACACCAAGCGGUCACCGGUGACCGCGACCUAUUGUUCUUUAAUUGUGUCUAUAAAACCGGUACUCGACGAGUUAAUAUUAAAAUCAGUGACUUUUAUUUUUUCUAUUUAUUACAUGGGACUGACAUUUGGCCACUAUCUCGCCUGGUGGUAAGCGAUGAUGUGGUCUACGAUGAAGCAAGUCAACCCACAAGCAACCUAUUCACUCCCUUCAGGAAAUACAGAGUCUGGCAAAGAAUGAAGUGAUUUCGUUUUAUUUAUUCUUUUAUUGAUUAGAUCUACCUGUAACACACUAUGUGGGUAAUCAAAUCUAAGACUCAUGCAUACAUUCUGAUAUCAUCAUGAAACUUGGUAAUUAUAUGCAAGUCCUUCCAUAUUGUGGGGUCAUUGCGCUGGUUUGAUGGAACCUUGCCCUACCUGCUAGUAGUAGUAGUAGUAGUCUUUCAAUAAAAGCCAUCCAUGUAUGUAUCCUUACAUGAGACAAUAGAAAGUACUUUCUCUCGCAUGUAUCCACAUUUUAGACACAUGAAGGGUUGAAUAUUAACUAAAUUACUGCAACCAUUAGUAGAUAUAUCAAGUCCUCUCAUUGAAGUGGCAACUUUAGUUUUGUCUUUAUUAUUAAAGGGUUGGUGUUUGGCCACUAUCUUGCCUGAUGGUAAGUUUCCAUAGUGGUAUACAAAUAAGUAACGAAGUAGAUAGAGAGCUCACCUUGAUGUCCUCCCCUGUGGUAUAGAUGUUGGAGCCACAUACAUAGUUGACAAGCUUAUGUGGGUCGCUCUCUACAGGCAUUUCUUUCUUUUCCAUAGCACCUAGCUUGCCGACCUUUUUCUUGCCUUUCCCCAGCCCCAUAACACCUGGA